UGAGUGUUGAUAGUAGUAGUGUUCCGCUCGAAAUCAUUUAAAAGCACCCACUACACAGCACGAAGUACAUCUUCAUGUUUGUAUUUUGCUCCUCCUCCUACUUAUAGUCAUAUGGUCCUAUUACCGCUCAUAUAUAUUCCUUGCUGUACCCUCUAAAGGUUUGUGGUCUUUGACUUCAGAUUCUACUCAUUAUUGUCUUUCUAGAAUACUUGUGCAGUUUAGCAUGGACGACCUUCUCAUUCGAAUACAUUUUCAAAUGGAUAUAUAGAGUAAGCAACAUUCUGCUCCCUUACCCCUUUUGCCCUGAAGAAAAUAUAACUAGAUGACCUUUGAUUUGGAUCACUUUUCACAAAAACUUGCAACACUUAAUCAAACCCAACCAUGUAAAUGGUUUUCAUAUUAUAUUCUUAAUAAUACUCUUUAGGAGCAAGAUCAAGAGAAAUCUACAACAGCUGCUGCCUGCUGGUGACUUGCUGAGGAAGAAGGAACUUAAAUCUAGUGCAAUGAAGAAAACAAGUGAAUGGAAUUUUCCCCAGGAGAUUCCAAGUGAUGUCACUGUUCAAAUUGACAAUGCUUCCUUUUCAUUACAUAAGUUUCCAUUAAUUUCCAAGUGUGGAUACAUAAGGAAGCUGGUUUCAGAAUCUAGUGAAGCUGAUGUUUCAUUUAUUGAACUCUCGAAUGUCCCCGGGGGAGCAGAAGCAUUUGAUUUAGCAGCAAAGUUCUGCUAUGGGAUAAAUUUCGAAAUAAGCGUUGAAAACAUCGCUAUGCUUCGCUGCGUGGCAGAGUAUCUUGAGAUGACAGAAGACAAUUCCAUUGGAAAUUUGGUGGGAAGGAGUGAUUUUUACUUGAAUGAAGUGGCACUAGAAACCAUUUCCGGAGCUGUUUCUGUCUUGCAUAUGCCAGAAACGCUUCUUCAAGUUGCAGAGAAAGCGAAAUUGGUGAACCGAUGCAUAGAUGCAAUUGCAUACAUGGCCUCCAAGCAAAGCCAGUUAUGUUCACCUGCAAGAAGUCAAUGUAGCAGUGAUGGAGUGAUGUCUUCCUCCAUGGCAUCUCACAGAAGGCCAGUAGUUCAUUGGUGGGGUGAAGAUUUGACAGUUCUCAGAAUUGACAUUUUUCAAAGGGUUUUGAUUGCUAUGAUGGGAAGAGGGUUUAAGCAGUUUGAUCUUGGUCCUAUUAUAAUGCUCUAUGCUCAGAAAUCUUUGGAAGGUUUGGAGAUAUUUGGAAAGGGAAGGAAGGAGCUUGAACCACAACAUGAGCACGAGAAGAGGGUUGUUGUAGAGACACUAGUGAGCCUUCUACCAAGAGAGAAGAAUGCAAUGUCUGUCAGCUCUCUAUCCAUGUUGCUCCGAGCAGCAAUCUAUCUUGAGACAACCGUUGCUUGCAGGCUUGAUUUGGAGAAGAGAGUGGCCAUGCAAUUAGGACAGGCUGUUUUAGAUGAUCUUCUGAUUCCUUCCUAUUCCUUUCCCGGGAACACUUUGUUUGAUGUGGAUACAGUGCAGAGGAUCGUGGUGAGUUACCUUGAAUUUGAAAUAGGAAAUCAUUCAGUGUCCAGUGCAGAUGAUGAGUAUUUUUCUCCUUCACAAAGAGGUAUUGUAAGGGUUGGAAAGUUAAUGGAGAACUACCUUGCUGAAAUAGCUGCUGACAGAAAUUUACCGGCUUCAAAGUUCAUCAGCAUUGCUGAACUAAUUCCUGAACAAUCAAUACCAACAGAAGAUGGGAAGUAUAGAGCCAUAGACAUCUAUCUCAAGGCUCAUCCUUUUCUAAGUGAAAUGGAGAAGAAGAACGUUUGCAGCGUGAUGCAUUGCCAGAAGCUAUCACGCGAUGCGCGUGCACACGCUGCUCAAAAUGACAGGCUUCCGGUCCAAACAGUACUUCAAGUUCUCUCUUUCCAACAGAAACAUCUUCGCGAGACCAUGAAUGAUGGUGGUGUAAAUUGGGAUGGUACUUCGAUUCCUGACAAGUUGAAUGUGUAUUCUGCUGAGCUGAAUCCAGUUUCAAAAGUAAUCUCCAAUUUACGUAGAGAAAAUGAAGAACUGAAACGAGAGAUUGUGAAGUUGAAGAUGAAGCUACAAGAGAUUGAAAAACCUGCACAUGAAUCAUCAGCUCCUAGUAGUCCUUUGAUAAGUGCUUAUUCACCUUCAGUGAACAAGCCUCCAUUGCCUAGAAAAUCAUUCAUGAAAUCUGUGUCCAGAAAACUUGGGCGUCUUUAUCCUUUUUCACGUGCUGCUGCUGAUACUGUCACAACACCUUUCAAAGAUCGUUUGAAACCAGAGAAGAAAAUACGCCAUUCCAUAUCUUGAGAUUGUGCAGACUGCAGAGUACCUGUCUGUUUGUUGUUUGUUUGCAGAGACUUGUACGUAAACAGAAUUAGUCUUUCGAUUUUACUUCAUUCGUGUUUUGCUCUUGUUUUGAUCUCAUGUCAAGAUUCAAGAACAUUUUAAAUAAAAAUAUUACGAACAAUAA